AUGGAGUACGCACAAACGACGCCGCCAAUGGGCCAGUCCCCAUUCUUCUACUACAACCCCGAGCCGAGCCCGGACAACCGCCAGCAUGGCCACUUCACUCCUCACCCAAACCACCCUCACGCACCCCCAAUGGCCAUCGUGCCCUCGAGUCCGGAGCAUCUGAUGCACUUUCAGCACCACCCCGUCUACCACCGCCCGCAAUCUGCCGGCCCUCAUGUACACUACCUCCCGCAGCCCAUGUACGGCCCGCCCAUGCUUACCCCCGAUGCUUCCCCGCGCCAGCACCAGAAGCCCACCUUCGUUCUCGCACACCACGAGCUCCAGGGCGGCCUCAUGUUGAACACCGAAUGCAAUACUCAUUUCCCAGCGACUCCCACCCUCUCGGCAUCCGGCUCCUUCAGCUCCGUCUCCACCCCGCCAUCCACCUGCGACCUCCUUCCCACACCCGCCGACGGCCAGACCGUCUUCUUCGCAAAGCCCGCCAUCUUUGUGCAACCCGCAGUCAAGCAAGGGUGUGAAGAGGAGGUCUUUUCCGAAGUACUCGCGGGCGGCGACUGGACUCGUCCGGGCUCACCUCCCAUGACCCCCGUCUUCCUGCACCACAACUCGGUCCCAUCAGCGAGCGGCAGCACCUACGAGGUCGCGACCGGCUCCGCUCAGCCCUCGCCUUCUCCCUCUCCCGUGCCACGAUCGGUGGCAUCCGAGCAAGACGUCUGCGAUCCACGCGACCUCACGGUGGGCAACUCGCCCGCUGCCGAAUACCAAGGGAAGCCCGAGGAGCACCCGGUCUUCAUUGCCGCGCCAACCGAGCUUAUCAACUACGGUGGCAUGCCGCAGUUUGAGCCAAUCUUCGAGCUGGACCACGAGGACGAAUUUUCGGGCAUGGUCGCAUAUGCCCAGUCGGACAUCCACUACAACGGCAGCAAGCGUCAGCGUCUCGAGCCGGUGCCUAGUCUCAUCGAGGACGACGGCUUCUUCAGCGACGAGUUCAGUGAGGAUGACAUGGCGCGAGGUACCGCUUACUCCCCCCCUCUUUCCGACUUCUCUGUGCCCGAGAACUCGGAAGCUGCCAAGCCCAAGCGCAAGAACUCCAAGAAGUCCGAGCCGGUCUACACCACCGCCCAAUCGACCACCACCCAGCAACCAUCCACGGCUCCCACGUCGGCAGCCCCAAGCACAACGUCCGCCGACGCCAAUGAGUCCGCUGCACCCACCUCAGCCCAGAGCAGCAACAUCUCCCGUCGCGGCCGCAAGCAGUCCUUGACCGAUGACCCUUCCAAGACGUUUGUCUGCACUCUCUGCAGCCGCCGCUUCCGUCGACAGGAACACUUGAAGCGUCACUACCGCUCUCUCCACACACACGAGAAGCCGUUCGAAUGCUCCGACUGCGGCAAGAAGUUCUCUCGCUCAGACAACCUGAGUCAGCACCAGAGGACCCACGGCGCUGGCACCAUGGUCAUGGGUGUCCUCACCCAGCCUGGUGAGCCUCAGAUGGCACCAGCACCCAUCGAGUCGGUCAAUGGCGGCGACGCCGGCAGCCUGAUCCGCCCUAAGCAGGAGCAGUCAUAUCCUCCUCCACAUCAGUACGCCCAACAACACCGCGUCAGCCCGGACGCCCAUGAGCUCGGCUCGAUGCUGUUCGACGUGACUGCUCAGGUGGCCGGAUCGAGCUCCAGCAGCGUUGGCUACUCGGAUGGUGACUACAGCCCCAACUCGGACCGCAAGCCGGCACCAAAGAAGAGAAAGCAGGAGGAGUAG